CCUCUCGCACCAUAGAGAGGCGAAGGGAGGCCUAGAGCGCCCUUGCCGGGUCGCGUCACACUGGCGGCGCGAGGUGACAGACGGGUGCAGGCCCCGCCCCCUCAGCUUCCCGCCCGCUCGAAGUGCCGAUGGCUGCUCGGUAAGUCACGUGCCCGCAGCGAGAGGCGGGACUUCCUGUUUGCGGGGGCUGAGGGGAAGGUGGCUCCGCAGGUGUUUUGGUGCCUGGGAGCCGCCGGUGUCUCUCCGCCCCCCGGCCCCCCCGGCGGCGCCAUGCGGAAAUUCUUCCAAGACAUCAAAGCGGAUAUGAAAUUCAAAACAGCGGGGCCGGGCCAGAAGCUGGCGGAGCCGCCCAGGGAAAGGGCCCCCAAAGAAAAGCCAAAAGCGGCGACCCCAAAGUCUCGUCAAGGGCCCACAGAUGAGGCCCAGAGGGCAGCAGCUGCAGCCUUGGCCCGGCUGGAGCAGAAGCCCAAGCCGUGGCUCCCUUCAUCCCAAGAUGCCAUCAAGAGUCAGGUGAAAAAGGAGCUUAUGGCUGAAGCAGCAGCAAGUGAGAGACGACUCUCCACAGGUCACAAGGGUCCUGUGUCUGCGGUUGAGGAAGAAACAGCUGGACUGUCAGUGUCAGGGGUCUAUUUCAUUUGCCCACUAACUGGGGCCACCGUAAGGAAAGACCAGAAGGAAGCACACAUAAAAGAGGCCAUCCUCUUGCAUUUCUCUAGAGACCCAGUGGCUGCCUCGAUCAUGGAGAUUCACACCUUCAACAGGGACCGAGAGAAAGUGAAACUUGGUGUUGAGACCAUUGCCAAGUAUCUGGAUAACAUCCACCUCCAUCCAGAGGAGGAGAAGUACCGGAAGAUCAAACUGCAGAAUAAAGUGUUUCAGGAAAGGAUAAACUGUCUAGAAGGGACACACGAGUUUCUCCAGGCCAUUGGGUUUGAGAAGAAAAUGCUGCCUGUUCCAGGACAAGAGACCACAGAAGAGUAUUAUAUGCUGAAGGAGGAAGUGUUGACUAAGCUGGAGAAUCUCAAGGACUGUAAGGAGCAGCUGUUGAGCUGUGAGCCAGUGAAGGCCCAGCUGGAUCGCCAGCUCUGCGUAUUCAAACCCUCCCCUCAAGCUGCCCAGUUUGAGCUGCCCCAGGACUUCUACAACCUCACGGCAGAGGAGCUAAAGCGAGAACAGCGGCUCCGGACGGAAGCAGUGGAGAAGGCCUCUAUGCUGAGGACAAAGGCUAUGCGGGAGAGAGAAGAACAAAGGGAAAUGCGGAAAUAUAACUACACGCUGCUACGAGUCCGUUUCCCAGAUGGAUACAUUCUGCAAGGGACAUUCUAUGCCCGGGAGCCAGUAUCUGUGCUCUACAGGUUUGUGAGAGAAGCACUGAGGGAUGAUUGGAUGCCCUUUGAGCUACUUGCACCUGGAGGUGUCAAACUGACUGAAGAGAACUUGGCAUUCAAUGAGUGUGGGCUGGUGCCCUCUGCUCUCCUGACUUUUGCAUGGGAUGCAGCUGUCAUGGCAGAUGUAAAAGCUUCAGGAGAAGAGCAGAAAGGAAGCCCCUUGAAACCAGAACUCCUUUCUGCUGUCCAGAUAUUGUCAUGAAAUAAACAGGAUUGGAUUCAGUGUGGUUGGCUCUAUUAUGUGCUGUUGCCUCCUCCCCUGCACUCCUCAAGCAUGAAAAUGGAAGCUGCCUAACUAUUUGUCACAAACUUGAGGGAAGACUUCAAUUUUAGCUAGAGCAUUAGGAGGCCAGGUUUCAGAAUGCAUUGUGCAUUAGCAUAAUCACCUCCAGUUCAGAGAGGAGUGGCUAUAUAAUGGGACAUUAGGACUGUGUUUAAACAGAUUUAAUAGUCUGAAGACAGUCUUGCCCAGAAAAACUUUAAAUGUGCUGCUUUUAUAUAACUUAUUGUAAAAAGUUAUUUUGGUUACUGUUUAAUCUCUUUUCUAGUUUGGCUACAUAGAAUAAAAAUCCACCCUACUGAACUGUAGCAAACCGAGGACGGCUGCAAGACUCCCAUUGAGUUUUGAUAGUGGGCAGGGCUAGUGUUCAGUUUUCCUUAUGCUUCUAUUGUACAAAAAUUGCUGCUGAAUGAGACUUGUUUAAAACUAAUUAUGUUAACGAACUUGUUAAAUUGAUUAAAUGGACUAUUUGGAAAUGCA